UCCGGAGGUGGAGGAUCAAAUCCCCCUCCAGCUGUCUCCUCCUUACUGCUGCAGCCAUGUUUAUCACCGUGAUGUUUGGAGCUGGCCACAGGGAGCUGGUCAACCCCUGGUGCAGCCUGGUGACCCUCACUGCCCACCUGAAGCAUAAAGGGCAGGUACCCCCCGAAGCAACCAUCGCCCUCUUGGCUGAAGACGGCCACCUGGUCAACCUGAGUGAGGACUCAGAGGAGGGGACUUCCUCAGCCCCCUCCAUGGGCAGUUCCCUGCUGCAGGAGCGAGGGACCUAUGUUCUUGUGCAGGUUAUCAAGGGAGAAGAUGGAGUCCCCACCCGUUAUGUGUCCCUACUGGAGAACCUAGAUGACUGGUAUCCUGAGCUGGCAGAGGAGCUGUGCUGGCUGUCAGGCCUCCCAGCCACAGGCCACAGCAGGAGGAGACGCAUGGGCAAUCGGCGUGGCCAGCAGGAUCAAGGCACUCGAAGGUCCCAAAGAGUGAGCUCACUAACAUCCAAGACCCGCUAG